AUAGCUUCAGUUGGUCGCGAGGUGUUUGCGUUGUCGGUUGUUUCGGUUUGAAGAGCGCGAUGCGAGUGUGUGGAUAGUGCUGAAGAUCAAAGGAAAAGUCAAGUGAAAAUCUGAAGAGCCUGCCAGGAUAUGGCAGCCGAAUAUUUUUGGGCUCUCCCCUUGGCCAUUAUUGGGCUGUUCGCUGUGGGCCAAGCGGCGAAAACGGGACAAGUGCAAGCCACCUCCGGCAGUUGUGCGUUUCACACGCUCGACGGCGUCGCCGCGGAAAGCGAAGGUGUGCGCUUCAUCCGACUGCGCGAAGACGCCCAGGUGGGCAAGGAGAUCCUCCGGCUGCAGGCCUAUCCGCGCUCCACGGCCUCCUUGAAAGGAGCCGAUGCCAGCGGCGACCACAAGUACUUCAGCCUCACGGAGCACAAUGCUACCACUUUGGUGGUCAGCCUGGCGCGCUCCCUGGAACGACUGGUGGACCGCGAUGUGCCCCGGAACCUGCUCAAGUUCCGGAUCCUGUGCGCCGGCAAGCAGGAGAAACUGGAGGAGGGUAGCUACCUUUCUAUCACCGUGUACAUCGAAGAUGUGAACGAUAAUGCUCCGGAAUUUCUCAACGUACCCUACGUCGUCGAUGUGGAUGAGAAUACAUCCAUUGAGAGCAUUAUCUUCGAGGGAGUACAGGCCUUUGAUCGCGAUAAGCCGAACACCCCCAAUUCCGAGGUGCACUUCAGCAUGUCCACGGUUCCUGAGCAAUUAUCGGCCGAUGGGAGUCCGUACUUUGCCCUCAAGAGUCCCCAUCGACCACUGCUCAUCCUGAAGCGGGAACUGGACUUUGACAAUGGCAUCAGGCAAUUUAAGCUGCCAAUAUUCGCCUGGGAUCGAGGAACUCCUGCCAACCAGGCAAACACCACCAUUACAAUCAAUGUGCGUGAUGUGGACGAUCUGCCGCCGAAAUUCACGGAAGGUGUCUAUCGAACAAGGAUCAAUGAAUUCUAUCCCAUGACAGGGGUUCCCAUAAGGAUACCCCUUUACUUUGCCCCACCCAUAAUGGCCUUCGAUCAGGAUUCGUUGAACGCUUCGCUGGUGUACGAAAUAAUUUCUGGUAAUGAGCGUCAGCUUUUCCGGGUGAAUCCCCACAAUGGGGUCAUGUAUCUGCAGAAGGAAAUCGAUCUGGAGGAGGAGAGUCUGCCCGGCAACACUUUUGUUCUUCAACUGGAGGCGCGGCAGAAGGAUAAUCCGCUCAAGAAAGCUUUAGCACGCAUCGAAGUGGAGGUUCUGGAUCUGAAUGACAAUGUUCCCGAAUUCGAGGCUGAUUUCUACAACAUUUCCAUUGUGGAGAACCUGCCCACUGGCUUCAGUGUUCUCCAGGUUAAUGCCGUGGAUCGCGAUCAGGGCGAAAACUCGGAAUUCCUGUACAAUCUGGUGGAAACUAAGGAUGCAGCGGGUGCUUUUCGUAUAGACUCCCGAACCGGUUGGAUAACUGUGCGCGAUGAUCGCUUGUUAGAUCGUGAACAGCGUAGAUCUGUUCAACUGAAUGUGGAGGCGCUGGAGAGGAAUCCUUCGUAUCUGGAUGAUAAGCAUCUGAAGAAGCCGGGACCCAGCAAGGUUCAAGUGGAGAUCACGCUGCUAGACACGAACGACAAUACGCCAAAGUUUGAACAUGGAAAUCUAUAUGAAUUCAAAGUGCCGAUCAAUGCUCCCACCGGCUAUAAAAUAGGUCAAGUGGUCGCCCACGAUCCCGACGACGGUCCCAAUGGUCAUCUGCUAUACGAACUGCAACGUCCGAAGGGCAGUGGUUAUAUUCCCUUCCGACUGGAUAACAAGAAUGGCACUAUCUAUGUGGGUGGACCUCUGAGAAGGGGACGCAUUGCAGUCUUCGUGGAGGCCAGUGAUCAACCUACCAAUCCCUCAGAGCGUCGAUUCUCCUUGGCAGUAAUCACCAUAGAAGUUUAUGCCACUAUUGAUGACCAGGCCAUUGAUUUCGUGGGUGCUCCCUAUGAAUUCUGGGUGGGUGCGAAUACCCCUUUGGGCAACUCAGUGGGUCAAGUGCGAACUACUUUGAUCUAUGACGGCGAGGAUGAGAUAAUGUACGAUCUACUGCACACUUAUUCGGAGGGAGUGCCCUUUGCCAUCGAAGAGAGAUCGGGCAUUAUCACAGUCAUUCGAGAGCUAUCGGAAUUUAAACGAAAAGUCUACCAGUUUGAGGCGGUGGCAAAUUAUCUCUUUGCCAACUCCUCGCAAUCACUGGUAAUGUCACGUAGUUCAUCGCCUUUGACCACAAUAGCCUCGCCCGGUGAACUCAGCGAUGAAGGUGUACUCAUCACAAAUCUGACCAUUCAUAUCGUUAGCAAGCCGGAGCAAAAGGUGCCCUUAAGACCUGUAAUAGAAGAGAUCAACAUGAACGUCAUCAACUUCCAUGUGGAGGAGAACGUUGUGGGCGGUAUUAUUGGACAAUUGCUGUACAAGAAUGGCAUUAAUCUGGUUAACAACGAACUGGGAACUUUCCGGGAAAUGCCUGCAGAAGCCACUGGACGCAAUCUCACCAUGGGCAGCAGAUUCCGCAGCCGAAACCGGAGUCGCAGUUCCAAGUCAAAGCGUCGAUUGCCCAGACGUUUGGUGGGCGAUACGAAUCUGAAGCUCCGCUACAUCAUUGCCAAUCAGCAGGAGGUGGUGAACAAGAUCUCAAUAACGGAGGAUGGAACCCUGCUCACCCUGAUUGGACUGGAUCGAGAGCAACAACCGAGCUACGAGUUAACCGUGAUUGUGGAGUACAGCACGGGAUUGGUGAGUGGAGCCGGGAUCUACCAGGUGAACAUCAAGGUGGACGAUGUCAACGAUAAUGCGCCCAAGUUCAGUGCACUUACAUACGUCGGUUUGAUCAACGAAAACUGCGCCGUGGGCACGGAACUAUCGAUGAAUCAUGCGAUUCUCAUCCAGGAUGCGGAUGAAGGACCAAAUUCUGAGUUCAGAGUUCAACUCCAAGGCGAUUAUAGCGAAGAGUUCAGUGUAGAGUAUGUAAAUGGUAGUAACACCUCAGGAAAUACCACUCAGCACAAGAUGCCGCCCACAACGGGGGCGUUUAAUAUCUUUAAUCUCACGGAUCAGUGGAACGAUGAGUUCAAGUACCAGGAGUUGCACACCACCUUUAUGCAGACGAACUUUAAGCUCAGUUCUGGUCCUUAUUUCCGUAUCUCCUAUACGGGAAAGCGAGGCUUGGAUCGUGAGAAGCAGCAGUUGUAUAACCUGAAGAUUAUAGCCACCGAUACCGGGGGUCUCUCGGGCUACGCACAUCUCACUGUUCUCGUGGCCGAUGUUAAUGACAAUGCUCCGAUGUUUGAGCGCAUCUCGGUGUUUAAGGACUCGCGUUUGGAGAUCCGUGAGUAUACCACCGACAUGGAGAUUUACUUUGUGGAGAGCUCGAGUGGCCUGGCAGCUCCCCAGGCAACGGCAGCCAUUAUGCUAGCCCCACCGCCGUAUCACAUUCCUGGAUCACCGAGGUUCAAUACGGGAGAUCGUGAGAGAUCUGUGGGAUCGGGAUUGGGUGUGGUAGCCAGGGCUAAAUCGCGUCGCAGAAUGGUUCGUGCGGUGUCUACUAAAUGUCCCCUUUUUGCCAUCUAUGAGGACACGCCGGUGGGCACGAAGGUCCUUCAACUGAGCGCCAGCGAUGAGGACUACGGCAAGAAUGCCCAAUUGCACUACGAACUCCGCGGUGAACAGGUGGAACGGACACCCGGAAUGCCCAUGUUGCGGGUUCAGGGAGUGCGUUAUUUCACAAUCGAUAAACUCAGUGGAGAGUUAUCGGUGAACUAUCCCCUAUCAGCCAACAUUGAGAUUUGGUUGAACCUAACAGUGACUGAUAUAGAUGGUUUGAAGGACUCCACGUGCCUGCGAUUCACCGUGAUGGACGUGAACAAUCAUGCACCGACGUUCAAGAAGUCCUGGUACAGUUUCGACACCCCAGAGGGGGAGUACAAGGAUAGCGUUCUGGGUCAACUGACCGCCAUAGAUAUGGACUUUGGCGAGAAUGCGAAUAUAACGUAUACGCUCAGUGACUCGCACCUGCCGUUUACCAUUAAGCCAGCCUCUGGAGUUCUCAAGAUCAGCGGACAACUCGAUCGAGAGUUGAAGGACAAGUACAGUUUCCAGGUGAUGGCAACUGAUAAUGCGCCAAUGAUGCAACGAAUGUCCAGUAGCGUGGAUGUGGAGGUAAAUGUCCUGGAUAUCAACGAUAAUCGUCCAGAGUUCAUUGGCUAUGAUGAUCAGACAAAGGCGGUCAAGUUUAUACCAACUGUGGCGGAUCGCACGAUGAUGUUGCCGGUGUAUAAGGCCUAUCUGGAUCGCAGCACCCAGCCGGGCACAUUUGUGCGCCAACUGACGGCCAUCGAUAAGGACAAUGUGGGCAAUGGCAAUGGUCUGGUAUUGUACUCCAUUCGCCAUCAGGAAAUGCAGGCGCCACUCUUCCAAAUCGACUCGCGGGAUGGUACCAUCUCUACGAUAUCCCGGAUCAAUGGCUAUAACGAUUACGAGCAUCUGAAUGUUUCGGUCAUAGCCUCGGAUGUGGGAAGUCCAGCGUUAUCCGCGACAGCUGUGGUCAUAGUGAAUCUCCAGGGACAGGCAGUUACGGAUCCUCCAAAGCCAACGGCUAAGCCAGAACCUCCAGCGAAUGUAACCAUAUUCCAGCACGCCUACUAUGAGGUGAAACUCACGGAAAACAACGAAGCUCCCAUCGAGGUGAUGCGCUUGAAUCUGAGUGCUGGUUUGAAUCCCGAAAACUACCGCUGGUCCCUGUGGCUGGAGGAGGGUCUGGACGAAACGGAUGCCCAUCCGCCCUUUGAGUAUGAUGCCAAGAAUAUGCUUUUGUAUGCCCUCAAGCCCUUCGACAGGGAGCACAUUUCCCGGUAUCAAUUGAGGAUUCGAGCGGAUCGAUUGAGCAGGGAAGCUAGAAAUUAUGCCAGGGUCUCGUAUCCGGUGGUGGAUGAACGAAUUGAGGGUCUGUCGCUGAACGAGUGUCGAAUCCUCGUCCACAUAGCGGAUGAAAAUGAUAAUUCACCCAAGUUCCGAGGAAAUGGACAACCGAUUGUGGCGGUUCUCCCUCAAAGUGCCACCUUUGGCUAUCCUGUAACGCGAGUCGUGGCCAACGACUUGGACGAGGGACUUAAUGCCGAGAUACGCUAUCGACUGCUAAAUGAGCCAACUAGACUUUUUGGCAUCGACGAGUUGUCCGGUAAUAUUCGCCUACUGGGGGAUCUUUCUCGCGACGAACGUAUCUACGGUUUCGAUGUCAAGGCCACGGAUCGAAUGGGUGCCGAUGAUGGCAGGAGUGGCAUCGUUAACGUCUUUGUCUACAUCAUCGAUGAGGCCAAACAGGUGCGUCUCGUGGUGGCCGGAAUGCCCGUGGAGGUGGAACGUCGCAUUGAAGGACUCAUGGAGGCGCUGAGCGAUGCCAUUGGCAAGGAUGUGCGAGUGAGAUUGCUGGAGCCAUAUUCUGGAGGGCUAGAAGCAGCCACCAAUGCCUACAUCUAUGCCGUCGAUCCGCACACGAAUUCCAUUAUGGAAAUGGAGCAGUUGCAGGACUCCCUGGCUGGCCUCCAACUGGAUGCACUGCAGCUGCAGCAACAGAAGCUCGAUGGCGGCAAGCCCAUGCCUCGCAUUAUCGAGCUUGCGGAGUUUGGACAAUCGCCUCGGCCCACACACGCCUCCGCAUCCAGUUUCAUGGGAGGAUUGGAGUUCGUGACAGUGGUUCUGCUGGCCCUCGUCAGCCUGGGGGCACUGAUGGCCGCCUGUUGCUACCUGUGCAUGCGCCAAAAACGACGUCUCUGGUCUCAGCGUGAUUUUACCGCCUCGGAUGCCGGUCUCACCUAUACCAUCGCGGGCAUUGGAUCUCCUCGCGGCCAGAAGCAGCGACGCCAGCGGCAACAGCGACACACUCAACGUUGCAGCAAGGGCAGCAGCACCGGCAGCCAGCGCCCCACGAGCGCCUUUAUGCCGGAGUCCGUCUGCUCCUCGGCGCAGACCCAAUCGACGGCCACCGCCACCGAGAAACUGGAGCAGCAGUUGCACCAUCACCACCAGCAGCAGGCGAUGGCCACGCAGCAGCAGCAUCACCAGUACCUCAAUGAGCAACAGCGACAGCAGCAGCGCGAAUAUAUAGACGUACCUCUUCCCAAAUCCAUUGCCAAAGCAGCAGCGGCGGCGGCAGGAGGUUCGGGGGAUGGAAAUGUGGGAGCCGGGAGCACUCCAUUUGUGCUCAAGUACAAUGCCUGUCAGCCGGUGAGCAAUCUCAAUAACUAUGAAACCUCGCUAUUCUCACUGCACUCCACGGGUCAGGACUCCGGGGUGGAGUUUUUGAGCAGUCGCGAGCUGUACGAGACCUCGCCGGAUUCCUUCCAACACGGUGGCUCCAAGCGCAGCAACAAUCCGGAAUUACUGUGCCCCAGACACGCCAAGGCCCACUUGGAACUGCGCCAGCCCCAUCCAAAUACAGACAGCAGUGACACCUACGAGGACUCGCUGAAGACCGAUGAGCCACUGGUGGCUCACAAUUGCCGCAGUGCAAACUGCGAGCACCGGCAACAUCAGCAGAAAUCCAACCACCAUCCGCACUACCAGAACACGCGGUUCGAGAAGCGCUCCUGCGUGCGGCACUCCUUCUCGGGGGUCAAGGACGACCUCAUGCAGCAGUCGCCGCAGAUCUCGCUGCGACCCCGGGGCCACGCCCUCCGGAACUCUAUGAACGACCUGGAGCAGAGGUUGCACAACCUGGAGCAGUCCUUUCGCCGUCCGCUCGAAUUUAGCAAAUCAAAUUCAUUGUUUUAGGUUUUUUUUUAGCUAGAAACGCAGUGCAAUUUGUAGUUUAGUCAACUUAGCUUAGAUGUUACAUGUUAAGAAACAAGUGCAAUA